AUGGGGCUCAUGAGAAGACUGAAGAAAAAAUGGAGCAUUAAAGGUGAGCUCUCAUUAACAGAUAUUGGCUGCAGGUAUUUUGUGGCCAGAUUUACAAAUUCAUCUAACUACAAUUUUGUACUGUCCCAAGGGCCAUGGAUGUUAGACGAUAAUUAUCUAACAAUCAGAAAAUGGGUACCAAACUUCGUUCCAGAUGAGGAAUCAAUCAAGGUACUCACAACAUGGGUUCGGAUCCCGAAUUUGUCAGUAGAGUAUUUUGACAUUAAUUUUCUCAAUAGAAUUGGCUCUAAAAUAGGCAAGGUCCUAAGAGUAGACAGAUCCACAGCGCAGGCUGAUCGAGGCAAGUUCACAAGGCUAAGCAUCGAAAUAGACCUCACUAAACCAUUACUCUCAAAGUUUUGGCUAAAUGGGAAAAUCUGGAAAAUUCAGUACGAAGGCAUCCGAAUGAUUUGUUUCAAAUGUGGUACCAUGGGCCACAAUGAAGAAGAAUGCUCCACGUUCAAACAGCCAGAAGCUCCCCAGGACAACCUAGUCACAAUUACCAACCAACUCAUGCACAGCUCUGUCCAGGACGAUUCCAUUCAUAAAGCUCCAGAAGAAGAGGAAGAUUUUGGAUCUUGGAUGCUUGUUAAAAAGCCAGUACGAAAACGUGUCACAAAACAAGACCGGGGAGGCCAGAACACCGGCAAAGGUAACAGUAAUGGAGCCACCGGAACCGGUAAGAGUGGUCCACACAAGGAAAGAUACGGAGAGCCUAACCAACACGCAAUUAAUGGAGUGAAUCACGGGAUCGGUUCUCGAUUUUCCUUACUUGCAAACCAACUAAAUAUGGAAGGCGAGAUUCUGGGAGAGGAAAAUACGGAAUCCAAUACCAAUAAGGAUACGGAUUCAGUUAUAGGCAGCCCAAAUAUUUUUACAGUGAAUCUAGGGGAUAAUUCUCAGAAUAAAGGAAACCAAGAAGAUUAUGGGCAAUCUUUUUCUUUAGGUAGUAAAUCUCGACCAACCGAGAAUCCUAGUACUACCAAAACUGCUUCUAAAGUCACAAACACUCACCAAGGCAAAGAGAAUUCACCAAUAAUCUUCGAAGCUACAAGGAGCCAAUACAUUAAUGCCCAUAACUGCACGGAGAAGCCACCACAAAGUGUAGGAGAACCUUCGCAGGAUGUCAUCGUCGUACAAUCACCACGAGGUGAUCAAGUUGAAAAUCCCACCAGAGAAAACCUUAUUUGCGGGUCACCCAAUGGAGAGACCGUAUUUUUACACAGUGAACCACCUGACCCACAUUCUAGAGAUCCGGAUCGACUCAUGGUUGGAACCAAUCUCGACGCCGCCGGAGUUGGUGUUCACACUCCUCCUCCCCAACGAGAUUCAGAGAUUGCUCAGGCUCAUUAG